CUGGCUUGGACCCAUGCGGCUGCUGUAUUCCUCGUGGGGCAGACAAACAAGCUCGUGCGGCGGAAAGGUCAACACGGCGUGUAUGCGAGUUGCAGGGCCAGACUGCAUCAUGCACCAAGUGGGGAAAGCGGAGAAACUGAAGAGGGGGAAGGGGCGGGGCAGAGGAGGGAGGAGGUCGCCACUGCGCUUGACCACCCGCGGGCGCACGAGCGGCGACAAGCGUACGCCUGGCGGCACCUAGGCGAGGCGAGAUCUCGAUGGGUCCGCGCGGAUCACAUCUCCGACGGGCCCCCCAGGGGUUCAGGAAGGCCGCGACGGCUUCUUCACGUCUGGCACAACUCGGGGGAGCGGGAGACGAGAAGAAGCAACAGAUCACGGUGGCGGCAGAAGGAGAGGGGGGUGGACCGCUGGGCCGGAUGCCAGUGCCAGGCAGCCUCACGCUGGCGCCAGCGCGGCCCCGCCGCUCCGGCCAGCCGCUCGACCGUCACCGGGCCUCUGCCCAGCAUGGGCCUGCCCACUCCGCUCCACUACUCGUCUUCGUCCUCCAGCUUGUUCUGUAAGUCCAGCGCCUCAAAGUACUCCCUAUCUGCGUCUUCAUCGGAGAGGUAGUCGCCAAUGUCGUCCUAUUACCCCCACGCACACACACACACACACACCGUCGACGUCCCGAUGUGUUCAAUCCGUAGUGUCCCAAAGCUCUCCACUCCAUGGUUCGCAUGGAAAUCGCGCCGCAGAUGUUGUUCUGAAGAACCACGGGCGCCUUCCAGGGGCCAAACCAAAAAGAGCAAACCCCAAAGCACCCUUCUCGAUCGUGACGCGUAAGGCAUGGGCGACGAAUGAGAGAACCAGCUGAAACAAUAUCACAAACCCAGCGAGGAGGAGGAGGAGGAGGAGGACGAGGAGGGAAAAGAAAGAGGAGGACGAAGAGGUGAGGAAGGAGGGGGAGAGAGGAGAAAAAAACGGAAGACGAAGAAGAGGGAGGAAAGAGGAGCAGGAGGGAGGAAGGGGAGGAAGGGAGGGAGGAGAGACGAGCAGGAGGGAGAAGAUGACGAAGAAGAAGGGAAGGAGGGGCACGCUUGGGAACGACCUGGCCAUGCCUGAGUAGGCAGUAGGCCGUGCUAAUUAUGCCACUCCACGUGGCCACCCUUACAGCAACUCCCAGCCUGUCGACUGCGCCCUCGGCUUCUGCACCACACUAGAAAGCAGAAAGUCCACCCCGAUAAUAACCACAACGGCACGCGAAGUCGUUUAGUAAACGCGCCCAAAG